UUCUUUUACUAAGGGGUACCUACAUUCACAACCAUAGCACAGAGGGUAAGUGCAUGGAAAUAAAGUCAUAGAUUUUAGAUGUAUCAAUUGUCUUGCAAGAAAGUCAUGUAUCUGAUUGCUGCCAUCUGCAUCGUGAUGAGCUUUUUUGAAGAAGUGGAGAGUUUUUGUCCUUCUCAAUGCACUUGCAUUUACCAUGGCAGAAGCGAUGGCAGUGGAACAAGGUCUGUGCUGUGUAAUGAUCCAGACAUGUUUGAAAUCCCUGUAAAUGUUCCAGUGGACACCGUCAAACUCCGGAUAGAAAAGACUGUUAUACGAAAGAUCCCAACAGAAGCCUUUUACUACUUGGUGGAUCUGAGAUAUCUAUGGCUCACCUAUAACUCUGUAGCAACCAUCGACACCAGCAGCUUUUAUAAUUUAAAGCAGCUACAUGAACUGCGCCUGGAUGGCAAUUUGCUUUCGAGUUUUCCCUGGGAAUCUUUGGCUGAGAUGCCAAACCUUCGAACUCUUGACUUGCAUAACAAUAAAGUGACCAGCAUUCCAGCUGAGGCUGGCAAAUACUUGAGGAAUCUCACUUACCUGGAUGUUUCUAGCAACAAGCUAACUUCCUUGCCCUCAGACCUCAUGGACAUCUGGCUUCCUUUUUCAGAAACAGCACGGAACAGAAAUACAGAAUCUGUAACCCAGAGGGUCAUAUUAGGUUUGCAGGACAAUCCAUGGUAUUGUGACUGUCGAAUUUCAAAGCUUAUUGAAUUUUCCAAAAUUGUGGAUACCUCUGUUAUACUUCUGGACCCCUUUGUGGUUUGCAGUGGGCCUGAGAGCCUGGCUGGGAUCCUAUUUCAAAGAGCAGAGCUGGAACAGUGUUUGAAACCAUCGGUCAUGACAUCGGCCACAAAAAUCACCUCACCCCUGGGGAGCAACGUUCUCCUACGCUGUGAUGCCACAGGCUAUCCCACCCCACAACUCACCUGGAUUAGGUCAGACAACCUUCCAGUAAACUAUACAGUGAUCCAAGAAAGUCCAGGAGAUGGUGUAAGAUGGUCUAUCCUCAGUUUGACAGGCAUUUCCUACAAGGAUGCAGGUGACUACCGGUGUAAGGCCAAAAACCUGGCUGGAAUGUCGGAAGCUUAUGUUAGUGUCACCGUUGUUGGGGUUAUCACCACAACUGUGUCUCCUCAAAAAUAUGGGAAGAAAACUGGAGGUGACCAGCAGAACACCACCACACAAGAAGAUAUCAAACAAGAGUCCUGGAAUACAACCACUUUUUCUCCUACAACUGUGACCACAACCACCACUUUUUUAACAACAUUGGCUGCCACUGAAAGCAAUACCACUGAAAGCUCGACCACCGAAAGGACUGAUGGGAAAAAGCAACCCAAGACCGUGCCUGAAGGAAAGAAGAAUUCUAAGGCAAUUUCCAAUGGAAACAAAAAGCAGCCAGGUGAUAUUAGUAAGAAAGAUGGGGACACAUCAAUCAGCACAGCAACCGGGGGAGAGCCAAACCUUCCAGUAAAAAACCUUCGAGUAAUUCCUGAAACCCAAGAAAGAGUGACCUUAAUGUGGAAAACAGUCAAUGCCACAAGUCCUGCUCUGACUGUGUUGUACUCAAAGUAUGGGGAGAAAGACAUGCUGCCUCUGAGCACAGAUCCAACUAAAAAUAAAGUCACAAUAGAUGGUUUGGAACCUGGUACCCAAUACAUGGCCUGUGUCUGUCCCAAAGGAAUUCCUCCCACAAAAGACCAAUGCAUCAUUUUCUCUACGGAUGGAAUAACUAUGGAAGAGGAUUCUCAGAUUUCCUUUUUGCUUGUGGCCAGUGGCAUAGCCUGUGCAGUUGUUCUACCCCUCAUAUUUUUUUUACUGUAUAAAGUCUUAAUGCUUCACAGGAAACCAAAAUCUACCCGGGAAGCUGACCUGGAGAAAGAGACGUAUGUCAAAUUUGAAACACUUUCCCUUAAACCACGUUCGGUAGGGGCAGCUGGAGAGCUCUGGGCUCGAAGGAAUACCGAAGAAUCGGAAAGACUGCUUCUUUGCUCUAGGUCGAGUAUGGAUUCUCAGAUGACCUUCAAGAGUGAAGGUUCAAGGUCGGAAUAUUUCUGCUGACUAUGGAUAUUCAGUGAAUCAGCCGAAGAUGAUGAGUGGGAGGACUCAGAAGAGUGAUGAUAGACUUGCGUCUAAUAGUCUGCUGCCAGUUAUGAAACAUGAGUAUCAACACACAGAACAUUUCUAUCAGAAGUCUGUGGUAGAACACAUGAAGGGAGGAAAGAUGCCUCUUAACCAUCUAACCUUUUGUGACUUUUAUUAUUUUUGAAGCAUCUGACUCAUUUAUAUUGUCUUUUUUUAUUAAUUUCCUGUUUGUUGUUUAAGCAAAAUAUUUUGUGUAAAGCAUGUUCCUCAUUCUUAUUGAUUGCUAUUCAUUGUUGGUUUUUAUAUAUCCUAAAUAUAGGAGAAUAGAUUUUUAAAUUCCGUAUUUAUGUUUUCCCCAUUUGAAAUCAAAAUGCUAGACAGCCAUGCUUGAAUAUUUGGGGAGAAAGAAAAGGUGCAAUCUGUCAUGGAACAAUCUACUUAAAUGAGUGUAGGAUUAAUGACUUAAUACUAUUUUGGAUUAUGGCCAAGAUGUUAGAUGAUACAAACAUGGAUCAGAUUGUGGAAUGCUAUUAAACAUCGUACAAUGCAAAGUUGUCAUAUGCAGUCAAUAAGUACUGAAAUGAAGGGAUGGUGCUAGACUAAUCUGGUCACAAUUUAGUUUCACUGAAAUUGGUGGAAUUUAGCUAAAUGGAUUAAGGCUUGAACAAAUUUCUUGAACUCAGUCCAAUUACCCCAAAUUAAUGGCAACUUAAUUUUUCCUUGUGGGGAAAAUUCCUAAACAGAAUGCAAUGAAUAUGUUUUGAAGACACAUUAUCAUCAUUACGAAUUUUAUAAAAAUAUUAACAUGCUUAAUUUUAUAAUAUGUUAAUGUUGUAUUUCAAACUAAAUAAACAUGCCCUCCAAGUGUCCCUAUUUGGAAGAUUUGGCCUCAUGCAUCAUGAGAAUGCAAUGAAGUUCAUUUACACCUGCCCCAUCUCAUUUGUCCCAUGCUGGUGAGCCUUUUGGGUUGCUUUUCUUCACAGUGAUAUUUCGUUAUCUGGUAUGUAGCACUGCUGCCUCAAAGUUUUCUUGGAGAUCAAAUCAUGUCACAUACAACUGAGAGUCUUCUGAUUAUGUAUUGGUCUUCUUCCUUAUAAACUCUUGACUUUUGGAAAAUA